AUGCAAUUCGGAUUCAGAAUUUCGCUCGCACUUAUUUGUUGUAAUAUAGUAAAUUCAAAAAGUGAAUCUAUUUUGGUAGAUUGUGUAGAUACAGGCGUAGAUCGUCAUACCGCAGAAAAUUUAAAAGAUCUUGCUAUAAAAGCUACAAAGAUUGCCCAAGAAGAUUUUCAAGUAAGAGUGGGAAGUUUUGUGACUGUUAAUGCCGCAAAUGUACAGAAAAUGCGUUGGGAUCUUUUAAAUGACGUUAAUAUUAUUCAGUAUGGAUGUUCAGCUCAUAUGCUAAAUUUACUAGCACAAGAUCUUGAAAUUCCAGAAGCUACACAAGCUAUAAUUAAAGUAAUAAAAUAUUUUAGAAAUAAACACCUUCCUGGUGCAUUUUUAAAGAAGAACAGGGAAAGAAGCUUGUUAUGCCCCAGGAAUAAAUUGGAAAAGGAAACAGCAAAUAAUGAAACACUAAAAGUUGCAAAACACGAAUUAUUUCCAAUAGAAGCAAUACAGUUAGGAUGGAAUAAUUGCGACUGGGGUAUUGGUGCUGGGAUGAUUAAUAUGGGGAAUACAUGCUAUUUAAAUUCCACAUUACAGGCGUUAUUUCAUGUACCAGCCCUUGUUAAUUGGCUAAUGUCAGAUAAAGAGCAUAGCUUAGAAUGCAAGGACUCAGUUACUCAUAUGGGACCUACUGUGAGUUGUGGACAUUAUACUGCUGUGGCUCAAGCACCAUCUGGUAAUUAUUAUCAGUUUGAUGACAGCAUGGAAAUGGAAAUAGAUACUGGAGAAAACGAAAUUAACGACUGUUACAGAAUUAAUAAACAGGAUACUGCCCCUAUAUUGGUCAUGUUUAAAAAGUAUGAAAGCAAGAUUAAAAUUAUUAAGAAGGUAAAGGAGCUAAAAGGAAUAAAAUUAGAUGAAUGUGGAUUAGAAGGAGGAAAGAAAAAUAUAUAUUUUAACGAGGAUUUAACAACUUACAAUCAAAAGUUGUUUAAAAUGGCAAGAGAAUGCAAAAUUAGAAAAAAAUAUAAGUCGGUAUACUCUUUAAAUGGCAGCAUAUUUAUGCGUAAAAAUAAAAAUAAGGAGUGA